AUGGCAUCGUCAUCAACAGAACUUUGUACCGAUCAUGAAGAUGAUUUGGCUAAGGACAAAGAGCGACAUGACAAUUAUAUACAAAAUCAAUAUGGUAUAAAAUUUCGUUACUUCAAUCAUUUAAAAAUCAAGGAGGAAUUAAAAUAUUCAAAGCAAUUUUGUCAAGCAUUAUGUAUGGUUGAAGAUUUGAUUGAUAAUGAUAAUUUAUGUUGUUAUUAUUCAUAUGUAUGCAAUGCUGAUUUACGUUGUAAAAAUAUCUUUAAAUUUGAAGAAGCAAAACGUGUUAUUGAAAAAACAAGGACAUUCAUUAUCGAUCUAUGCAACGUAAUCGAGUUUACAAUUGGUAUUUUGCCGAAUGAAUAUUCAGUUUUUCGUGGUGAUCCAUUCGUGACUCAUCAGUAUCGUGAUUAUAUUAUACUAGAUGAAACGUUAAUUAAUGGUUUUCGUGAAAGUCAAACAGAUUCAAAUGUUCAGUUCCAUAUGGAAGUUUUCUUAGUAUUUGCUAAAAUUGUUCGUGAGUUGGGUCAUGCAUUGUCAUAUCACUGUGGUCGUGAAUCUGGUAAUGCAAUUGAACGUUUAUUAUUUGGAUCUGUAAUUGAUGCACCUGGUCGAUUACGAAAGGAUAAAUAUAUUAUUCAAUAUUUAAUAUUAUCAGAUGGUAAAAUAUCAGGUGUGAUUGAAAAAAUUUGGAUCAGCUCAUUUGUGAAUGACGCUUUCAAUAUGCACAAAUUAAGAAAAAUUGAUUCAAUUGAACCUAUACCAUUUCAAUUUUUAACAAAAACUUUAAAAAGAAAACUUCAAUAUCUUGAUUGGAGUGGUGAUGACGAUACUGAAUAUGGACUGACUUCUAUGUUUUUUAAAGUGUAA